GUGAAAACCUCCACUUAUAGUGGCUGCAUAAGCUUAACUGCACAGAGCUAUACUGCUUUUUGAAAUAUUAACUUGCCAGUUCAGCAACGGCUAAGAAAACAAUCCUAGACUUGGAAAUUCAAAGACUGGAGGGAUUCCUUUGGAACCCCUUUGUGUACAUGUGUGUGAAGAAUUGUAGGCAUCCAGCACUCUGCUGACUCUGACAUGCCCCCAGCAUCCCCCAGCUCUGCAGGGAGCCCUGGUGUCGGAGACCUUCUCCCGCUUCUCCCUAUGGGCGCCUGACCUGAGGGCAGAGCUGUCUGAGUGUGCAUAAGCACAGUAGGACAUCAGGACCUGGCCGGAAGACAUUUCCUCUCCUCCCCUCUGGACUUCUCAGAGACUGUUCUGCGAUGACCACAGCAAGGUACCGGCCCACCUGGGACCUGGCCCUCGACCCGCUGGUGUCUUGCAAGCUCUGUCUUGGGGAGUACCCAGUGGAGCAGAUGACAACCAUAGCCCAGUGCCAAUGCAUCUUCUGUACUCUGUGCCUGAAACAGUAUGUUGAGCUCUUGAUCAAAGAAGGAUUAGAAACCGCAAUUAGCUGCCCAGAUGCUGCCUGCCCUAAACAGGGCCACCUACAGGAGAACGAGAUUGAGUGCAUGGUUGCAGCUGAAAUUAUGCAAAGAUAUAAAAAGCUACAAUUUGAAAGAGAGGUGCUGUUUGAUCCCUGUCGGACUUGGUGCCCAGCGUCCACCUGCCAGGCUGUGUGUCAGCUCCAGGACGUGGGGCUGCAGACCCCCCAGCCAGUGCAGUGCAAAGCCUGCCAUAUGGAAUUCUGUUCCACCUGCAAAGCCAGCUGGCACCCUGGCCAGGGCUGCCCGGAGACCAUGCCAAUCACCUUCCUUCCCGGGGAGACCAGUGCUGCGUUCAAAAUGGAAGAGGACGAUGCGCCCAUCAAGCGCUGCCCCAAGUGCAGGGUCUACAUCGAGCGAGACGAAGGCUGCGCCCAGAUGAUGUGCAAGAACUGCAAGCACGCCUUCUGCUGGUACUGCCUGGAGUCUCUGGACGAUGAUUUCCUUCUGAUACACUAUGAUAAGGGACCCUGCCGGAACAAGCUGGGCCACUCCCGGGCAUCUGUGAUCUGGCAUCGGACACAGGUAGCAGAAAACGCCUUUUAUUGUAUUCAGUCCAACCGCUUUGCUCGGAAAUGGCUCUCCUCCAUAUUGUUGCUGUCUGGCCUGUGGCCUAAGUCUUCAGGAAUGUUCUCAACUCUUGGAUGCCAAAAUCACUUGGUUUAUUGGGUGAAUCAACCCGUCCAGCCAUUCUUGGCUCCCUCUUGUGGUGCUAAACCGGAGGGAGCACGGACUCUGCCUGGGCCGUCUGGCCCCGGGGAGGUCAACCAGAGAAGGCGGACGGGUACAGCAGGUGGCGGGGCUCCGUUGCUGGUGGUGCUGCCUCCGGGUGCGGUCCAGAAGCAGUCCUUCCCUACGCUGGGUUGCACCUCAGUUCUUCCAGCGGACCUGGGUGUACAUACAUUUGUUUCUAAAAAUCGAGAAAGAAAUUUGCCAGCAAAGCGUCUUAUCAACGUUAAAGAAAGACUCUUAGAGGAACCCAAAUUACGGGGCGUAGAGGGUGGGAAUGGCACUGACUUCGAUAGCGUGUGCUUGUCUGGAAGUUCUGUGGAGCCUCCAUCUGCUGAGCACCCUGACGUUCCUUGCCGGGGACUGCUGGAUCUCACCCCCAGGGGGUCCUGCCAGUGUGGUGUUGACCAGAGCAACUGCCCAUCCGUCGGCGGGAGGAUUCUGGCCUUCAAGAUAGGCUCAGAAAUAUCCAAACGCCCAGUUCUACUUGCUCCUGCUUUGUUCCUGCCAAAACCCCGAGGCGCCCUCUCCGGAGAUGAAGAAAUUGACAGCAGGCGGAAGGAGUCCUGGAGCUUCCAGCGCAAGCCUCUGCUCCCCACAGCGGCUCCGCUGGAGCCAAGGUGCCCGUCAGAGCUCCCCAUCCGUGGCCCUCCUUGCUUUCCUGCUGCAGAGGAACAGAGGCAGGAGGUGAGGGCCUCUGGCCGGACCGGAGAUGGGUGGCGCGCACCCUCCAGAGAGCUGCGGCAGGGACCGCCUUACGAGCUGCCUCCUUGGAGAAACAGCCGCACAUCUGUGAGAAUGGCCUGCCGCGGGGCCCAUACUCAGAUGGAAGGAACUGGGAGGUUUCUGGCCAGAUGCUUCUGUGUGUAG